AUGCAACUGCUCCAUGUUCUCAUUAAUUUAUCAGACCGCUUGGCCAAAGAGGCACAGGUGCGAGAGGCUGAGGAGAAAGUUGAGAUAGAGGUCCAGAUAGCUCGGACAAAAAUUAAAGAGCUAGAGGUUAAAGCCAAAAAUCUCCAGGAGGCCCUUGGGCAGGUGGAGACCGAUCUCGCCCUCACCCUGGAGAGGGAGAAAGAGGCAGAGAGAAGGGCUGAGGAGCACAUUCAAGAUACCAAGCAUUCUUCAAUCGAGAAAUUCAAGGCUCACAAAAAAGGUUGGGUUGACUGUCGAAAGUCAAUAGAGGAGGAGCAUCUGGAGCUUGAUCUCAUCUUUUUAAACUAUGAAGAUGAAGAUAAAGAUGAUGAGAAAAUUUUCACCGCCUCCGAGCUCCCCAUCUACAAGAAGGAGAACGUUGCUGAACCGCUCUCCUCUUCAACUGCUGAUGCAGGUCUCUUUGAGCCUCUUUCAGAUACAACUCCCCAAGAGAAGUCGGUAGAUGAUGCUUAUGAUGUCGGUUCGAUAGCUGCUACUCCUUUACUAGCCACUCCUCUUUCUCCGAUGACAGUGGUUAAUAUUAAAGCUCAUAUUAAGGGCAUAGAGGAGAAACUUAAAGUCUUCGAAGGAGAGACCGCCGAUCGAGAAAAAAAGCUUCAAAAAGCUCAGAAGAAACUUGACGAGGCCGAGAAAGAAGUCAAUAGACUUCAACAAGAAGUUCGAUGA